AUGCUUGAAGAAAUAUUGCUGAGUGGAAUCGCAGUCAAAGAGAUAGCUUGUCAUUCCAAUAUUACCUUAAUAGGAAACUAGGUUGAAGAGCAUUACAAAUGCACGGACUCAUCAAUUACUUAAUUAAUAGAAGAUAUAAUUUAUGUUGUAAAGGUUACGAAUGGGUAGACUGUAUCGAUUCAUAAAUAUGAAAUGAAAGAUUUAUUUUGUAAGCAAAUAUCAUCGACAAGUGAGUACCUCAAUUUUUCUCAUUUAAUUACUUAAAAUGGAUGUGUUAUAAUGAAGGAAAACGAUAUCCCCUAUUUAUUGGUGGUGACACAAACAGGAUAAAUAUUUUAUAAGAAUUUAAUUUCUAAUGCUUCUAGCAUAAUUAAGAAUUUAAUGGUGAAUAAUCAAAGAAUUGUGUGUCUGGCUAAAUCAGUAACAAAUAAUAAUAAUUAACUCAAAUUUUAUGUGUUGACUGAAACUAAUUAAUUAUAUUCUAUAAUAAUAGAUGUGCGCAAAAGUGAAAUUAUGAAAAACAAAUAAUAACUAAGUUUUGGUACCAAAUUUUUAAGUAAAUUUUUUGGUACACAAACUAAUGAUUGGAAGACUGCCUAUUAAAUUAAUGACAAACAAAUAAUCUACUACUCCUUCUAAACUUAAUUUCAUCUGUUGGAAAUUAAGGGAACCGAUUUCUCAGCCAGGCAAUUAUAGGUUGAAGACAAUGUCAAAGUUAAAUAAAUAGAAGUGUUCUAACAUAGACCCAAUGGGUAGACUACUUUAUGUUAUCUACAUUAAAAUCAAUUGAAAGUCUAUUCACUAAUAGGAAAUUAAUUACGAAUAAAUUGUGUCAUUUCAUAAUUGGAUUUCUUAUAAAACAUAACUUUCAGCAUCAGUAGUGUCUCCAAUACUAUAAUUUUGAUUUAAGGAUGCGAAAUCUAUCAAUUAGUCAUAGAGAGCAACUCUUUUGAAUUGGUUAACUCAAAUAAAACUCCAGUUUUAGGUUUCAUCAACCAAGAUGAUUAAUUGCUGUUGUUCUAUAGAAAUCAUAUUUCCUUUAUUAAUUAAGUUUAAGAUCAGAUUAGUAAGAGAUAAUAUUAGUUAAGACAAGAGAUCAAGAAGUUCAAAAAGGAUGUGGAGAAUCAAUAUAAACUAAAAGAUGAAGAGUUAAUCCUUCAAUCGAUCUCGAUUGAUUCUUUUGUGGAGAAUAAGCUUGAUCAAUUUCAAACCCUCAUCAAGUUUAUGCAUCGAAAUUUAGACCAAAGAAGAAUGAUCCAAUUGAUGAGAUAACAAUAUAACAACUUUUGCAUUGAGGACUUUAUGAAUGAAGUAAUGGAUUAGUUGGAAGAUAUUUACUAUUAUUUGAAACCAACCAUUCAAAUGUUAGACUUGGAUUUCAAUCAAACCUACAACCUAUUGAGUUAAUAACUUAUGUGCUUGGAUUAAUUCUUGAUGCAUGUCUUUUAUGAUGAACUCUAAAACAACUAAGAAGCUCGAUAAGAACAACCUGUAAAAUUGUCAUUGCUAAGAUCCUUAGUAAUCAAUCAACUCAAAGACUAUUACAAUAUGUAUUUGGAAAUCUACAUUGGUCUGGCUGUCCUUGCCAAUAUAUCCAACUUUCAAUUAGAUCUCCAAAAUGAUCAUAAGUUAUUUUAUGAUACUAUGCUUCUCUUAACUUUAUUAUAAGACAAGGUCUACGUAUCCUUCCAAGAUCUAGUUAAGAGAAAAUUCUAAUAAGUGUCCAAUGAUAUUUCGUUGCAGAAAUUAAAUGGCAUCCAAAAUGUCGUCUAUAAAUUUAUUAACAUAAUCUAUAAGGAAAUGUACAGGGAUUUUGCCAUUCCAGAGGAGUUAUUAUGUGAGGCUUUCGUAGAUAAUUAGAAAAGAUCUCUGAUACAAUAAAAUAAUGCCAAAGAACUUAUUAGGCAUUACAAAAUAAGUGAAUAGAUUGGAUUACAAUAACAUAAGAUUACUGAAUUUAUAAAUGAAAACGAGGAUCAUUAUCAAGAAUUAAAAUUGAAAAUCUCUUUUUAUCUGCAAGAACAACAGGACUCUUACAGAGAUGAUAAACAGGAGGUACUAUUAAAGAAAUUGAUAAGUUUUGCUAUUAAAUAAGAGCAAUAUCAACUUUUGUUUUAAAUUUUGAAUAUGAAUGAAACGAAUUAAAUAAAUGAGCAACUAUCGUUAAUGAUUGAGAGCAAUCAGUUAUUUAAAUGCUAACUAAAUGCAAGAACUACUGAUCAAAUUGCGGAAUUGCUGCUUCAAUAUUCUCGUGAGAAAUGUCUAAACUUGAAUAAAGGGGAGAAGAUACUUCAAUACUUCAGUUUUCUAUUGAGACAAGAAUCUAAAAUUAAGGCUUUUACUUUGUUGUUUGAGUAUAUCGUCAAUUUGGAGAUGUUGUUAUUCACUUUAAAGUUUAAGAAUGUGGAUCGGGCAGUGAAGAUGUAAUUGGAUUAUAUCAAAAUAUUGUUGCAUCAGAUGGAAUUAUAGAGCAGGUAAGACCAAUUGCCUUAUUCAAAAUAAUUAAUUUGCAAGUUGAGUGAUUAGAAUUACGAGCAAUUUAAGAAUCCCAGCACCAUUAAUGAUAGAUCUGAAAUUGAUUCAGCAUCGCCAACAAACAUCAGGAUAGUAAACUAAGAGCAGAUAAUAAAAUUUAAGAAAUACAAGGAGAUUUAACAUUAUGUCUGUGUCCAUUAUACUCCUUAUGCAUAACUCAAUAAGGUUGUAGAAUAAUUGAUAUUCAGAGGAAAUCUGGAUUAAUUGAUCAAUGUCUUUGAAUUGAGUUUCGAUCCUAAUUUUGAGAGGAAUAUAGUGUUUUACUAUUUUAGCAAUGAGGGAUAAAGACUAGAGUUGUUAAAUAAGGUGAAACCAUUUUUGAGUCAAAAGGAGUUUGCAAUAAUUCUGGCUUAGAUUUGUGUGGUUUGCAAUUUGAAUUUUGAAAAGUGCAAAGAAUUGUUUAAGAUGGUGUAGUGUCAAGAAUACUUUUUACAAUAUCUGAUUAAUGUUAACAAGGAAGCCAUCGCAUAUAUGAUAGUCUGA